AUGUCUACAACUGCCGCCCAAGACGAAUUCAACGAGCUUCUGCGAGACAAGGGCCGCGAGACUAGACACCCCGAAGACAGACACGACGACAGCGACAUCUCGGAACCAGAAUCAGCCGGCGCCGCAGACGACUACCUCGAGAAGAUCGACACCGACGACGAACUCGACCUCCCCAAAGACAUGCGCUCCAACUACUACAUGCCGUCGAUGCGCUCCGAGGCCAACACGGGCCCCAAGGGCGUCAUCGCCGACGCGCAGGCCUUUGAGCAGGCGAAGAAGCAGGCCCGCCGCUUCACAUGGAAGAAGAACGCCUCGCCCCCAACAUACAAUGCCGCCGCCUGGCACGACAAGGACGGUGCCUCGAGCGAGGACGAGGGCGACGACAGCUUCAUGAAGGAGUGGAGGGCCGCAAGGCUGCGCGAGCUGCAGAACGUCGGGCAAAAGAUCCGCUCGAGGACCAACAGCCCCAGCAGGCGAAUCUACGGAAACUUCCCCUUGGUCGAUGCCGAGGGCUACCUCGAUGCUGUCGACAAGUCGUCGCCCGAGACCACAGUAGUCGUUUACAUCUUCAACCAUCACGUGAACCAGGAAGUCGACAUUUGCAUGCGGGAAGUUGCAAAGCGCAACGACACCGUACGCUUCAUCAAGCUACAUGCCGAAGACGCCGAGAUGGACCCAGACGUUCUCCCUGCUGUGCUCGCCUACAAGCGCGGCGACAAAUUCGCAGAUCUUCUGCCAAUGCUCGACCAGCUACCCGACGACUCAGAACUGAGCGCCGUCAGCCUCGAGACAUUAUUCAGGGCGUAA